AUGGCUGUCGGCGUUGCCAUUAUUGGAAGUGGCAACUUUGCCAAAGAACAACAUCUGCCAGCUGUUCAAGGUACAAAGGAUCUGCAACUCAAAGCGAUCUAUUCACGGUCUCUAAAGUCAGCCCAAACCCUUGCUGGAAGUGUACCGAACGUUGAUCUCUAUGCCGAGGAUGCUGGCAACAAGUCCUUUGAGAGUCUACUAGCUCGCCCAGAUAUCAGCGCCCCGGAUUUCAUCCGCAAAGCACUGUUGGCUGGCAAGCAUGUUUUAUCCGAGAAGCCUAUUGCGAAGGAUGUUGCUACUGCUCAGGAACUUCUGCAGUGGUAUCAUAGUAACAUCGACACCAAAAAAACCCUUUGGGCUGUCGGUGAGAACUUCAGGUAUAUCACCAAGUUUCUUUUCGCAGCGGAACAGGUGCGGAAGAUGGGCAAAGUUCGCCAUUUUAGGGUGAAUGUUCACAGUUUAGUGAAGCCCGAUAACAAAUACUACUUGACUACGUGGCGUCAGACUCCGGAGUAUCAGGGUGGUUUCCUCCUAGAUGGUGGAGUACACAUGGUUGCUGGUCUUCGUCUCAUCAUGGGUUCUGACCAGCUACUUACCACCGUCUCUGCACAGUCGCAACAGCAACAAUCCUACUUGCCGCCUGUUGACACUGUAGAUGCUGUUGUCAGAACAGGAUGUGGUGCUACUGGUCUUGUCUCCCUUUCAUGGGGAUCGUCUUUUAGUGAUAAUUCCUUCGAGUUUGUUUGUGAAAAGGGCGUUGUAAGCUUGAAAUUCGAUACCGUAACUGUCAAUGGUAUAGAUCAUGCUAUUGAGUUUGAUGGGAAGGGUGUUCUUCCCGAAGUUACUGAAUUCGCCACUGCUAUUGUUAAUGGUCGGCUUGAGAAGAGACAGUCCCCAGAGGAGGCGUUAGCUGAUUUGGAAGUGUUGGAGCAAAUGCUUCAAAGUGGGGAAAAGUGUGGGGAGAAGAUGGACUUGAAUGUGGGUCGCCCACUCCGCCAGCCUGAAGUUUUCGAGAUUGAAUUCAGCUCCGACUCGACAACUCUCGAACGCCCGGCGAGACCCUGCACAACCGACAAAAUGGUCGCCGCCAAGAAGCACAUUCCCAUCGUCAAGAAGCGCACCAACCGCUUCAACCGUCACCAGUCUGACCGGUUCAAGUGUGUUGCCCCCUCGUGGCGCAAGCCCAAGGGUAUUGACAAUGCCGUCCGUCGUCGUUUCAAGGGACAGAUUGCCAUGCCUUCCAUCGGUUACGGCAGCAACAAGAAGACCCGUCACAUGAUGCCCUCCGGCCACAAGGCUUUCCUCGUCUACAACCCCAAGGACGUUGAGCUCCUCUUGAUGCACAACCGCACCUACGCUGCUGAGAUUGGCCACGCCGUCUCUUCCCGUAAGCGCGUUGAUAUCAUCGCCAAGGCCAAGGCUCUCGGUGUCAAGGUCACCAACGCUAAGGGCCGUGUCACCACCGAGGCAUAA